GGGAGCGGGGCGCCGCGGGGAGCUGACACGCCGGUGGCAGGUGCAAUUUCUGAAGCUUCUUUCUUUGAUAAUCCAGGGAGAAAGUCCCGUUCAGACUUUUUCUUACCAUGGUUUUGGGUCACAAAUUCCUGAAUGGUACUUAUAUUCUCAGGAAACAACUGAAGCCAGAUGCCACCUUGCAGACUUUUUGGGGAAUCCACUUUGCCAAGUAUUGUUCCAGUAGUCCUAAGAAACCAAUGGUUACUCAUGACAGAGUCUCCCAACCGAGGAAGACUGCAGAGGGUUUGCAAGUACGCCCCCCAAAAGAUAUUGCCUUGGAUGUAACUUCUCCUGAAGAGAAGACUGAGAUUAGUUUUGACAAAGCAAUUAGAGAUGAAAUAAAGGAUCAUUUCAAGCGUUUGAAAGAUGAAAUCAUGAAUUCCUGGGUAGGACCAGGUGGCCGUCCCCUUCAUGAAGUCUUGCUGGAACAAGCCAAAGUUGUCUGGCAAUUUCGUGGAAAAGAAGACCUAGAUAAAUGGGUAGUGACUUCUGAUAAGACGAUUGGAGGCAGAAGUGAAGUGUUCUUGAAAAUGGGCAAGAACAACCAGAGUGCACUGCUGUAUGGAACUCUGAGCACUGAGGCACCUCAUGAUGGGGAGAGUAGCCAAAGUGGGUUCUGUACAAUGAUGUCCAGGAUUCCGAGGGUAGGUUCGGUGAAGCCCGGGAGCCGUAGUCCUAGUGAGCUAGGUGACCUCCAUUAUAGCAUGAACUGUGAGCGAGCACCCCUGGCAUAG